AUGAAUCAACUGUCGUCCAGCUCGUCCAUCCUUAGCGAUGAGCCAUCAACCGCGCCGUCAACGCCAGCUGACCCAGAUGCUAGACAACCCAACGGCCACAAACCAUUUGACGACAACGAGGCAGAAAGCGAGCUUAGUGAGCCGGACAGCACCGUUCGUUCGCCAUCAGGGGUGGGUGUCACCGAUCCGGAGCGGUCCAUCGUCGCUGAUGCCAUGGCUAACGGUCGUCGAAAGUCGUCGCCUCUCCGUGCCACGUCUGAAAAUGAGGACGAGACCAUGACAGACUCCCCAACUGAGCCCGCGGGCUACUAUCCCAAGCGCAAGCGCAACUCCGUCUUCACCGACCUCAGCGAGAGCAAGAUGGAGGUCCACACCGACCCAUCCAAGGCUUCUCUUCCUGCACAGGGCCUCAAGCCCAAGUCGUCGCGGCAGAGCAUGGGACCCGUCCGGGGUGUCUUGCUGGGCCACUGGAGAGACUCAUCCAUCCCCAAUCCGGAGCACCGCCACGCCGUGAUUGGCUUCAUCGACGCUCGCGAUCGGUUGCGCACUCGCAUUCAGCCUUACACCCUCGCCAACGAACCGAUCAGCAACGAGUACCCCAUGCCUCCGGGACCCGGCGGCAGCUGGGUUACUUUUGAACGCGUCGUCUUUUCCAAGCACCUGGUUGGCCUCGAUCACUUUCAGGUCAAGGAGUACGUGAGGCUGCGCACUGACAGCCAAGAGGAGACGGAAGAGGAGCGCAAGGCGGCCGAGGUAGCGGCAGUCAAGGAGGCCAUUCGCAGGGUCAAAGAGAACCCGGCGUUUGAUAACCCGACUACCCAGCCCCCUAUAGCCCACGGGCCCGAGUUGCCCGAGUCGGCCUACACCCCUGGUCGCCCCGAUGCCAAGCGGAGACGCGUGAGCGGUGGGUUUGCGGCCGUCAACCCGGGCGGUAGCAACAGCCCUCCGGAGCGUUCGCCCUUGCUGCCGUCCCAGCCUGCCCUGCAACCCCGUCCGCCCCAUGUUCCCAAGCUGCACGGCCCUCUGCCGGGGACCCGACCCACGCGCAUCCUGCUGGGCUACUGGAGGGGCUCCAGCGAAGAAGAUGCCAGGGACCGCCAUGCUGUGUAUGGCAUCUUGGGGCAAAAUGACAUGUUCAGGGUCAAAGUAGUCCGUGAGACCCGUGAUGGCCGCUUCGUCGAUGGCAACUUCCCCUCGGGCGCGGGCGCGUUGUGGAUUCAGUAUGAAGAAGUCGAGUUUGAGCCGCACCUCAAGCCCCUGCAGAGAGCCGAGAUCAAGGAGUACUGCAGAGUCCGCCAGUACCAGCUGGAUCAGGGCGAACUGCCAGAGGACCGCGUAGGCAACGAGAUCAGGGCCGUGCAAGAGGCGCAAGCCCGCGCAGGCUCCGGCUAUCGACACGUCCACCAGCCCAUUGCGCCAUACCACCCCAUCGCUGCUGACGACGCAGACUUGGCGAGUCGGUCGGACGUCGGCGGAGUGCAGCCCGAAGUCCGGCAGUCUCGCCGCGGGGAGUCUCGAGCCACGCCUCGACAGUCCUUCAAUGAAAACGACGUGCGCCAGCCGCGAUCCUAUGCCGAACAGGAGCCGCCGCGUCCCGACUCUCGCGCAACGAACCGCAGCCAGAACACGGACGGAAUGGAGCGGGCCAACGCGCUUGCCCGCAGGGAGAUUGCGCGUGUCGAGGCCGCGCAGGGCCGUGCCGACCGCCAUGCCAUGCACCGCGAGCGAGCCGCUGCCCUCGUUGCCGACGCUGCGGCCGCGGCUGCGGCGGCUUCGGAGGACAUGCAGCGCCUGAACAAGGUCUGGGCGCGCCAGGAGACGCUUCGUCUCAAGGCCGGUGCCGAGGACGCCAAGGUGUACGACGGCGUCAAGUACGAGCGCAAGACCAACGGGCCGUUUAUGGGCAAGCUCGUCUCGCAGGGGACCAUUAUCAACAUUGACGGCGAGGAUUACGUUGAGUACCGCGUCCUCACCAAGCCGUCUUUUUUCUAA